AUGAGCUCACAAGGUUUACCUCCUGGAUGGUCCAUGGGUUAUGACAGUAUCACCGGUUUCCCCUUUUUUAUCGAUCACAUUAACAAGUCAACUACAUGGGAAGAUCCACGAAAGUGUAAAACUCAAAGUAAUAUCACACAAAAUUUACAAUCUGUUCCAUCUUAUUCAUCUGAAUCUAUUAAUAAUCGUCGACAGUAUAAUCUUUCUGGAAAUGAACCAGUAAUCGAUCCUUCCAAUCCAGGAGAUAUUAAAGUAGGCAAUGUAGGAGAUAAUAUUCAACGUAAAACUCAAUCAUAUUAUGAGAAUGUCAGUGAACCAAUACCAAUCAAGGUUCAUUCUAUCAGCUCUUCGAAUAAUAAUAAUAAUAAUGACAAUAAUAAUAAUAAUAUUAAUACUAAUAGUAACCGUCAUGAAUAUGAACAAAAGCUGAACAACUCCCCAGCAACUCAGUCGUUUGAUUCAUAUAAAAUCAAUCAAAAUUCUUCCACAGAUAAGAGCGAAUCAAUUCCUAUCAAAUCUGUUUCUGUUAAAAUUUCAGAUAAUAAUAAUAAUAAUAGUGAUAAUAAUGAAAAUGUAUGCCAACCAUCAACAUCAGAUCCAUUCUCUCUUAUAGAACAAGCUCAAUGUGAACUUGCAGAAAUAGAAGCUGAGAUUAGCGGGUUUACUUCUGCAUAUAAAACUAAAGCGUAUCUGUUACUUGAAGAUAAACUUGAUAAGCUUAUGCUACGAUUGGAUAAAAUCGAUUCAUCUGGUGAAACAUUUAUCAGAAAUAAACGUCGUGAAGUUAUAUUGGCUGUUCAAAAUGCUCUUAAAAAUCUUGAAAAUAAACUGACUCAAAUCAAAUCAGAUCAUCAAGAACAUAAUAUUAGUUUAACUGAUCAAUCUUCUUCUUCUUCUUCUAACAACAAUGAUAAUACCAAUAAUAAUAUAAAUAAACAAGAUCACUCAUCUAUAGAUUCUAGAGAAAUUCAUACAGGUUCUAAUGAAGAAUGUCAAGACAAAUAGAUCAUCCUCUAUGGUACUUUAUCUUAUUCUUUAAAACUUCAAUGUAGUUCAGUAUUUUCCCAUCUACAUUAUAAUAUUUUCUUCUUAUUAUUAUCAUUAUUACCAUU